AAUUUUCAAAUUUAGUUAGGACGUAUUAGGAGACAAUCAUGUGAAGGACGAGGCAAGAAGGAAGUGUUGUGGGAGGAAAGAGGCAGAGCUGCAAUCACCAGAGUGGAAGCGCGAAACGGUCCUCCCCGGCUUUCCAUUUUUUCUCUUCUGAUGAAAUUUUAGUUCAUCCCAGUUGCUGAUUGAGAUUGAAUUUAAAUUCGAAAAAGCGUACUUGUGCCACUGUACUUUUACAGAUCUGCGGCUACGGGCUAGCCUAUCGUAUUUUUGCGUAGAUCUAGUGUCCGUGAAGCGGUUACCAUUUCACCACUCACCACUAUUCAUCUCUUUCUUCUAUAUUGAUCUGAAAUUGAAGAUGGAAAGCGAAAAGAAAUCGUCAGCAAUAUCUGAUGUGGGAGCAUGGGCCAUGAACGUUGUCAGCUCCGUCGGAAUUAUUAUGGCCAACAAACAGCUUAUGUCUAACAAUGGCUAUGCUUUCAGCUUUGCCAGUUCGUUAACUGGGUUCCACUUUGCCGUAACUGCUCUCGUUGGUCUGGUGUCAAAUGCUACCGGUUACUCACAUGUUCCUAUGUGGGAGCUUAUUUGGUUCUCACUGGUUGCCAAUAUGUCUAUCACGGGGAUGAACUUUAGCCUCAUGCUCAACUCCGUUGGAUUCUACCAAAUAUCAAAACUGAGCAUGAUUCCUGUGGUUUGUGUGAUGGAAUGGAUACUUCACAACAAACACUACUCAAGGGAAGUGAAAAUGUCAGUGGUGGUUGUGGUUAUUGGUGUCGGUGUUUGCACUGUAACUGAUGUAAAAGUUAACCUCAAAGGUUUCAUGUGUGCCUGUAUAGCAGUUUUGUCAACAUCUUUACAGCAAAUUUCAAUAGGUUCUCUUCAAAAGAAAUAUUCAAUUGGAUCUUUUGAAUUGCUGAGUAAAACUGCUCCCAUCCAAGCGCUUUUUCUUCUUAUUCUUGGUCCAUUUGUUGAUUACUACCUCAGUGGCAAAUUGAUAACCAACUAUAAGAUGUCUUCUGGUGCCAUUUUAUUCAUUCUUCUUUCAUGCUCGCUAGCUGUAUUUUGCAAUGUGAGCCAAUACCUUUGCAUUGGGCGCUUUUCAGCUGUUUCCUUCCAGGUUUUAGGCCACAUGAAAACAGUAUGUGUUCUGACUCUGGGAUGGCUGCUAUUUGAUUCGGAGCUAACUUUCAAAAAUAUCAUGGGAAUGGUCAUCGCAGUUGUUGGCAUGGUAAUUUACAGUUGGGCUGUAGAGCUUGAAAAGCAGUCAAAUGCAAAGACCUUACCUCACGCGAAAAACAGCAUGACGGAAGAAGAAAUUAGAUUAUUGAGGGAUGGAGUAGAAAAGAGUCCCCUGAAGGAUGUUGAACUUGGUGAGGCCCAAGGAUAGAUUGACUCAGAUUUGGUGGUGAAAUUGAUGAGAAAUGAUGCAGGCAAUUAUAUUGUGUAUUGCUUUAUAAUUUGGUUUGUUCUUUUGUCUAGUUUACCUAGUAGUAAAACUUGGUUUCUAUUUGCUCACACUGGCACGGAUCCAGUUUUAGAAAUUGUGUUCCCGUUCAUCAGCAAUGUUUCUUUGUUAGUUUUAUUUCUUUUGUUGUUAUGUUGAGGUUAUUUAUUUGGCCUGCCAGGAAAUUGCUAGAUGAACAAUAUGAUGGCGCCAUUAAGAUGUAUAAUGUGCACGCUAAUGAUACGCGAUAUCAAUUCCCUCUUCAAACUUC